AGUCCGCAAGCGGUAUUUCUUUGAGAGGCCUCGUGAUAACAUCGUGAGCCCUCUUUGAGACGGUUUGGUGUCGCAAAUAGAGUCUGUUUUGAGAGUCAAGAGAAACAGGGGCGUUGGAGAAGUCUCAAGCUAUUUGUCUCAAAUGGUAUCUAUUGUGGUCUCACUUCUAUUGAACCUAAGCCGUCAAAGACAAUUGUUCAUCGUGAGGAGAUUUUAUGGCAAUUCUUACUCUGGAAGAUGUCGUGUGACGAGCACGACUGUAGUCACAGUUGAGUGCCAAGAUCUGGCAGAAAACAUGCAAGAUUUCCUGAAUUCUUGGUUCGGAAUAAACACCUCUUUUAGGUCAAACUCGCGCAAAACUCCUCAGAUGGACAGUUGGCACUUUUGUCUGGGACGUCUGGGUUUCCUGUAUUACUUUAAGCUCAUUCUGAGGACCCCUAAGGACUGACAGCACUUGUUCUUGUGUGAAUGACUAUAGUUCUUUCGCAGAUUCUUCAGGAGAGGAUACUGG